UGUAAUAAACAAAUAGUGUGAUGCGAGCUUAUUAGCGUCGUUAACGAAGCAAACCUUUAUAACCUGUCAUUGUCACAGCAAUAAUAGAAUAGAAUAGAAUAGAAUAGCCACUCUACUCUACCCCUUGUUGUUUUUGUGAUCUUCUCCUUCACUCAUUUCCUUUUACUGUUAGGUUUAGGUGUCUCCAAUGGAAGUAGAUGGUGAUCGGGUUCUGGUGCGACGACCCUCAGAGAAUUACUCGUGGGAACCAAGAAGCUCAUCAAUUGAAUUUGAAACAGAAGAGACUUCGAAUUCGAAGGCUCUAAAGGUUGAGUUCAGUGGUCCAGCUAAGUACUGGACCGAUGCAAUUCCAAUCGGCAAUGGCCGACUCGGUGCUAUGGUUUGGGGCGGUGUUGCUUCUGAGACCCUCAAUCUCAACGAGGACACUCUUUGGACUGGGAUUCCUGGGAACUACACAGACCCAGAUGUUCCUGAGGCACUAUCUAAGGUCAGAAAGCUUGUUGACAAUGGCCAAUAUGCUGAAGCUACUAUUGAAGGGGAAAAUUUGUUAGGCAGUCUUUGUGAAGUUUACCAGCUACUGGGUGAUAUCAAGCUAGAAUUUGAUGCUUCUCAUGCUGCAUAUAAUGAAGAAACGUAUCAGAGAGAGCUGGACUUGGAUACUGCAACGGCAAAAGUUAAAUAUUCCGUAGGUGAAGUUGAAUUCACAAGGGAACAUUUUGCCUCAAACCCAGAUCAAGUGAUCGUGACAAAGAUUUCUGGAAACAAAUCAGGGUCUGUCUCCUUUGUGGUGUCUUUAGACAGCCAGCUCCAUCAUCAUUCAUAUGUAAAUGGAAAAAAUCUGAUUAUCAUGGAGGGAAGUUGUCCUGGUAAAAGAAUCCCACCAAAAAAAGUGAAUGAAAAUGACAAUCCCAAGGGAAUUCAGUUUUCUGUAGUUCUUGAGUUGCAGAUCAGUAAUGGUGUGGGUACUAUACAUGUUUUGGAUGACAGGAAAUUAAAGGUUGAGGGUUCUGAUUGGGCUGUUCUGCUUCUAGUGGCAUCAUCUUCAUUUGACGGGCCAUUCACUAAGCCUAUAGAUUCAAAAAAAGAUCCUACUUCCGAGUCUCUAGCCACGUUGAAAGCAAUAAGAAACUUGUCGUAUUCUGAUCUUUCUGCACGGCAUUUGGAUGACUAUCAAAACCUUUUCCACCGUGUCUCACUGCAGCUCUCAAAAAGCUCCAAGAAUGUUGGAGAAGAUGAGUCUAUAGAGAUGAAGAAACUUUUGUCUUGUGCAACUGAUGUAUGUUUAGAAGGUAGUGACAAUAAGACAGUUUCAACAGCAGAGAGGGUGAAAUCCUUUCAAGCUGAUGAAGAUCCUUCUUUGGUUGAGCUUUUAUUCCAGUUUGGUCGAUAUCUGCUUAUUUCUUGUUCACGGCCUGGAACUCAGGUGGCUAACCUGCAGGGAAUAUGGAACAAGGAUAUCGAGCCAGCAUGGGAGUGUGCUCCUCACUUGAAUAUUAAUCUUGAAAUGAACUACUGGCCGUCUCUCCCUUGCAACCUUCAUGAGUGCCAGGAGCCUCUGUUUGAUCACAUUUCAUUUCUGUCAAUCAAUGGGACUAAAACUGCCCAAGUUUUUCUAGAAAAUAAGGCAUAUCCCUUGCUAGAAGGAUGUACUUCAUUUCUUUUGGAUUGGUUGAUCGAAGGCCGAGGAAGAUACCUUGAAACCAACCCAUCAACCUCUCCAGAACACAAUUUUAUUGCCCCUGAUGGCAGGAUUGCUAGUGUGAGCUACUCAUCAACCAUGGAUAUGUCAAUCAUUAGAGAAGUUUUCUCUGCAGUUGUUAGUGCUGCUGAGGUCUUGGGUAAAAGUGAGGAUGAUCUGAUAGAAAGAGUUCGUAAAGCUCAACCUCGGCUUUAUCCAACAAAAAUUGCUAUGGAUGGAUCCAUCAUGGAAUGGGCCGAAGAUUUUGAGGACCCAGACGUGCAUCAUCGGCAUCUAUCACACCUAUUUGGGUUGUUUCCAGGGCACACAAUUACUCCUGAGAAAACUCCUGACUUAUGUAAAGCUGCGGCAUAUACUCUCCACAAAAGAGGGGAGGAUGGUCCAGGAUGGUCAACAGCUUGGAAAACUGCUAUAUGGGCACGCCUUCACAACAAUGAGCACGCAUAUAGGAUGGUCAAGCAUUUAUUCAAAUUGGCGGAUCCUGAUCCUAAAAUCGGUUUUGAAGGCGGACUUUACAGUAAUCUUUUCACUGCACAUCCACCUUUCCAAAUUGAUGCCAACUUUGGAUUUACUGCAGCGGUAGCAGAAAUGCUCGUGCAGAGCACCAUGAAGGACCUCUACUUACUACCUGCGCUCCCUCGCGAUAAAUGGGCAUAUGGUUGUGUCAAAGGAUUGAAGGCACGCGGUGGCGUGACAGUUGACAUCUGCUGGAACGAAGGAUAUCUUCAUGAAGUCGGUAUUUGGUCUAAAACUCAGAACUCCAUUGAAAGAUUACAUUACAGAGAAAUUACAGUUGCGGUGAAUAUUUCAUCUGGCAAAGCUUACACGUUUAAUAAACAGUUGAAAUGCGUGAAGACGGACUCUCUGUUGGAAGGAGUUUUUUGCUGGAAUUCUCAAUCAGAUUGAUUCUAGGAUGAGCAUUGUUUUCUUAGUCCUGCUAACAUUGCCAGUAAACUUGGAUUGGAUUGUAUAACUUUCUUGUAAUAUAAUUGAUUAGAUUUUCUUUGGAAAUUAUGAAAAUAGGCUCAAAAUUCAA